AUGCGACCUGCACGACUACUUGCAUUUCCACAACGUUUGAGUGGAACUGUAGUUUCAUGGCAUCCCUUUGAAAGACGUGGUGUUAUUCACUGUGUGGAAAAUGGUAAAGAAUACAUUAUUCCAAACGCACGGGCAUUUGAAACAAUUUUGCCCACACGUCUUCGUUAUUUGAAGGGCGCAAAGGUCGAGUUUGAGGUAUUGCGGGAUGCACAGGAGGUGGAUCGUGUGAUUACGCGAAGUCGACUGGACAAUAUAACGGCAAAUAGCUACAAACAGAGAACACCUGUGGAUUUUCUUGCGGGUUUUCGACUGGCACCACCGCAAGAAGGCGACAAGACAUCGAAAGUAUCUGAACUAAAAAGUGAAGAAACAAAAUCAUUAAACGCCUCUUUAUCGUCUAAUCAGUUUAUUGCGGGUCAUAUCACUGUAGAUUUAAGUACAGUUGUGGACCCAGAGGUUGGCAACUCCACUGCAGGAGCGGAGGAGGAUGUUUAUACUGUGGAUACUGUGGAAGGAGGUGUUCCGCCACCGAAAAGUGUGAAGGAUCUUCGUAAUCCUGCAGUAUUAGAUAAUGAGACGAUGAAGUUUUUACGUCUGCGUCAACGUAUAGGAGAUGAAUUAAAAGUCAAAGAAGUACUAAAGAAACAACAAGAAGAGGAAGAGGCAAAACAAAAGGCGAAUCAACGGAAAGUGUUAUCAACACAACAAACAGGUGUAGUGCUUACAUGGUCCUCUUUACAUCGUAGUGGAGUAUUACUAGAAAAUACUACAACACUUCCCAAGUGUACUUCUGCUGAGGAAAUGAAAAAUGUUUGUAUAAUUAGAAAUGUAGAUGCCUUUGAUACGGCACUACCCACUUCAUUAAAUCUUGUGGGUCGUGUGGUGACCUUUGCCAAGGUUAUAUACAAUUCACAACCUUCAAGUGUAUUUGCAGAGAAUAUUACUGUCCAUGGUGAAAUCCAUUUUGAUGAUGAUCUCACAGCUGCACAGGAGGCCAAAUCCAAAGAGGCUGCUGCUGAAGAACAUGCAAAACGUGCCAAACAACUUGGUACUCAAUUUGAAGAAGAAAACUAUGAUAAUGAACCACUUCCUUCAGUUCCUCUUUAUGGUGUGGUAACUCGAUGGAGUGGAGGACAGGGUAUAGUUGAAACAGGAAGUAGACGACUUUAUUAUAUUCAAUCAGCUGCUGAAUUUAAACAACUUGUGGAUCAUACAAGUUAUUCUAUUCGUGGGGCUGUUGUGAGUUUCAGAGUUGAUCCUUUAAAUAGACGUAAUGCGAAAGAUGUGGAUGUCCUUUCCUUAGCCACACGUGAUUUUUCUACUGUAAUGCCUAUGUUAAAGAGAUCAGAUGGAGCUGUUGCAUCUUUAUCUACUUCCUCCUCUGUUGCUGGUGGUUUAAAUAAUGAAAACCCAAAAAAAGAAGAAAAGGAGUUUACUAAUGAUGAUCUUACUUGGGUACAUGGAAUGAUGAUCACAUGGUCACCAUCAGAGGGACAAGGUGUUAUUCAAGGCGAUGAUGAUGAACGAUAUGUUCUUAGAGAUGCUGAAGAACAUGUAGUAGAUUAUAAAACGCGGAAAUCACUAUUAAAGAAGGGUCGUCAAGUUAAGUUUACACCCUUUGGUGGAACAGGUCGUCUUGCCUGUAAUGUAGUACUAUUAGAUACAGAAGCUGAUGCGGCUCUUCUCGCAGAGGCGGAAUUACAAACACAACAGGAGGAAGUGCGUAUUGCUGAAGGACAUUCAGAAGAGGCGAUUGCAUCCCCGAUGAGUACGGCCUAUUGGAUUACUCGAAUGGAUCGGGCGGGGUAUGAUACUACAGAGGUUAAACAGAUGCAGAAUAAGGCUAUUACCUUUGAAGACGAUGAUGAUGAUGAGAGUAAUGAUAAACUGCUUGAUAGUGAAGAUCUCUUUAAGAAGGAUCAUUGGUUUAAUGAUCCACGAAAGAAUAUGCGUUUACCUAACAGUGAUAUGACAGCAGGAAAUCUUGCUCUUAUUGGUCCAGCAUCUAUGAUGAAUAUCGCAAUGAAAGCACAUGACCCUAAAAAACUGGAGAAAAUGAAGAAUAAGUAUUACAAUAGAUUAACUGAACCAAUGAAGGAGUUUGCGUGGAAACAAGCAAAAGAAUUAGCCCCAAAAUAUGAAAAACGUGUUAAAGAAGCACGUGAAAAAGGAGAUGAACCUCGAUUUUCAUUUUAUUGA